GUCUAGAAGUCCCCUGACUCUGGUUUAAUGCUAUGUAAUAGGAACGCUGGUGCCAGGGAAGGGAAAACAUUUCAGCCAACAUCUUUUUGUUUGGAAGAAGCUGUGCGCUUGGAACAUUGAGAGCACCAUAUUCAGAUCCACUUUUUUGGGAGCAUGACGAUCAGGGUUCUUCUUCUCGUCCAGUUGAAGCAUGUAAUUUCGCGCACAAUCCUGUGACAAAGUAGGUUGAGAUCAUCUUCAAGAAUUGGUCAAGGAUGCAAGCUUGGACCAGCUCCGCGGGCAAUGCAGCGGCCUUGUCCCUCUUGCGGGCCGGAUCUCUGCUCAGCCGGGUCGGUUCGGAUGCUGCGUAUAUCGAUGAACCGGAGGAGAGGGCAAUUCCGCCCCUUCUGGAAAGCCGCUACGUCGAGGAAAAAGUUGAAGGGCUCAAGCGCACGAUUGCGCUGAUCAAUCUUGGCAAAGAUGUGUCGGAGUACUUUCCUCAGGUCGUUAAGAACGUCGCCACCCCGUCCCUGGAAGUCAAGAAGCUGGUGUACAUGUAUCUCGUGCACUAUGCGGAGAAGAAACCCGACGAGGCCCUUCUAGCAAUCAACACACUCCAGAAGGACCUCUCAAACCCAGACCCCACCGUGAGGGCCUUGGCUCUUCGCGCCCUGACUGGCAUCCGGGUUAGAGUGGCGGCGCCUCUGGCCGUGCUUGCUGUUCAAAAAUGCUCCAGGGAUGCCUCCGCAUAUGUGCGCCGGUGCGCAGCACACGCGGUGCUCAAGCUUCACUCCCUCGACCCUGUCCAAUAUGGGCCUCCGAUGGAGGCCGUCCUGACCACCCUCCUGGGCGACGCGUCCCCGUCCGUCGUCGGCUCCGCCGCCGCGGCCCUGCGCUCCGUCGCCCCAGACACGCUCGGCGCGUUCGCUCGGCACUUUCCGCGGCUGUGCCAAAUGCUGCCGGACCUCGAGGAGUGGGGGCAGAUCGUCGUGCUGGAUGCCCUGCUGCGGUGCGCCCGGGUCAUGUUUCCCCACCCCCCCGAAUCGGGAGAAGCCGGUCAGGAGCGGGUUGGGAGUUCCUUGGGAAGUGUGGUCAGAGACGGGUUAAGAAGCGGGUUAGGCGAUGGAAGGGAGGGGCGUGAUGGCGAGGGAGGCUCCAAGACGGGUGUGAACGAAGUGAGAAAUGAUGGGGCUCCAGAAGGUGAGACGCAUCGGCAAGGCGGGGUUGAAGGUCGGAGUAUGGAUGGACCAGGCACUUCGAGGGGUCGCACAACAACCCGUGGAGAAAAGCUUGACGGCAACUUCGCAAACCGGGAACCCCUGGACCGGCGAAGGAGUAGCGCGGUUUCGGCUCCGUCCGAAUCUGCGUCUGUUGAGAGCUUCUACUUCGAAGGCGGUGGAGAGCCUCGGGGGGUUGGUUACGCGGGCGUACCGGACCCCCUGCCGGCAAUCGUCAGGCCGGACUCAUUACACGAAGCCACUGCGCCGGAACUUUCUUUCCAGGGGGGUGCCGGCGCCAACGAUUCCGUACCCCCCGAGCUGCGCCUCCUGCUGUACUGCUCCUCCCCCCUGCUGACCAGUCGCAACAGCGGGGUGGUUUUGGGGGCCGCCGUUCUGCACUGGCAUCUGGCCCUCCCGGAAGAGUUGCCCCGGGUCGUGAAACCGCUGACGUUCCUGCUGAGGUCAUCCCCCCGGGAGACGCAAUACCUAGCGCUAAGCGCGAUCGCGACUAUGGCCCGGGAGCGCCCGUCUCUCUUUCGGGGGGAGGUCCGGCGGUUCUUUGUGAGGGCGGGGGACCCCCUGUUUGUGCGGAAGCUGAAGCUGGAGGUAUUGACUACCGUGGCGGGAGAGGGGAGCGUGAACUCGGUUCUGAAGGAGCUACAGGUCUACGUCACCGAUGCGGACGCCGCGUUCGUCGCGUCCGUCGUCCGCGCGCUCGGGAAGCUGGCCCGCCAGGUACCCACCGUUGCAGUCCGGUGCGUACGGGGCCUACUAAGUCUGGCUCUGUCCGGAGAGCAAAAGGCGACCGGUACGGACCGUCCGUCCGGCUCCGGACGGAGCGAGUCCGCUGAGGGGCAGGGGGAAACGGAACGGAACGGCGAGGCGAGCUCGGCCGGAAGAAGUGAACCGGGGGGCGCUGUUCCAAGUGUUCCGUCGAAAGGCAGCGGAACGGAUGCGUCGCAAAGAACGGAAGCUCCGUUGGGAAACGCACCGCACUCGAUGUUACAGAACGCCUCUCGGGCGGGGAUCGUCUCAGCCGCAUCUGCCCCGCUGGGGGGGUCCGUUUCCCAGACGCGGACAGCGCUCGGCAGCCCCCCGGGAAACGAACUCGUGGUGUCCGAGAGCGUGUCCGUACUGUGCGGGCUGAUCCGGACCCGUCCGGAGGAGUUCGAUUUUGCGGCUGUGGAGCUGGUUACCGGCCUCGAACGAAUCGAGGUUUCGGAAGCGCGAGCGGCGGUUUUGGCGCUCCUGGCGGAUCUGUGCGGACGGGAAGGGGUUUGGGAGCGGGUUACGCCCGUGGUUCUAAGGUUUGUGGUCGGGAGAUUUGCCGCCGAAGAGGACGUGGUUAAGCUGGCGGUUCUGGAGCUCGCCUCAAAGUACUGGCUCAGCCUAUCGGAAGGGCAGAGGCCCCACGAACGGCUCCUCUUGCACCACGCGUUCACCCUUGCCAAGUACGACAGCAGCGUCGACAUUCGGGACAGGGCCCGCUUUCUCCGGCGCCUUUUAAACGCGCACGACUUAGCCUUUCCGACUGAGCGCACCCCUAGCGAAUCCCAACCUCCCCCGACGGCGUCGUCCGAGAUUGAGAAACAGCCUUUGGAGCUGGGCGCAGGCUUAGGAUCCGAUGGGAAAGAGAAUGACCAGGAUUUCAGGGGCCAGGUUAGUGGCAGGGUUAACGAUGACCAAGACCGGUUAGCGGACCAAGAAGUGGUCCGGAACUUGUUGCUCCGGCCGAAACCCGCCUCGAGGCCCCCGGAGAUUGCUCCCGACCGGUCCGCGUUUUUGGUUGGAACCAUGUCCCACGAGGCGAACCAUACUGCCCCGGGGUACCAAGCUUUGCCGGAGAUUGGGGCGCCGCGCGAGGCUUACGGAAUCGGAACGGACGGGAAAGACGGGAGCGAGAUGGUAGGAGAAACGCGACAAGUUUCGGAUGAGUUGCGCAGCGAGAGCUCGGAGUAUAGCGGGAGUUACGAGUCUUCGGACGGGGAUUCGGGUUCCGGGAGUGGUGCGUCCGAAAGCGAAGGGUACCCUACGUCCGAAGCUGGUCAUGGAUCCAAAGAGGAGGGUGUGGAACCGUCCGUGCGUGCUUCGUUCCUGGAGCGAAGCUUAGAUUCAGGGCAGUCGUCGGAUCCCAAUGUUGUACGGCAAGGUCGGACCGCGAAUGGCGCCUAUGACGGCGGAACGGAACAGAAAUUGCUUCCUAAGGACGCGGCCUCUUCAAAUGAGGGGCAGGAAGCUUUGACAGGAGGGAAACCCAGCAAAAGCGCUGGGAAUUUUGUAGGCGAUCUGCUGUCCGCAAACGAUCUUGAGAGUUGGCUAGGCUCGCUAAGAGUGAGUGACUUCCAAAAGUGA